AGGGACUUAACCCACUUGAGUUGAUGAUGUAAAUUGUGCAAAAAAUCAGAUGUUUGGAGAGGUUUCAAAAGAAGCAGGAGCUGAUGCAAAUAUGAAUGGUGGAAUGACAGAUUCAACUUCAGUAAAUGUAGCUGGGAACGACCUUGUAUUUGUCAAUAAUGUCUUGUCUACAAGAAGCACAGUGCUUGAGCCAAUGAAUAUUGAAGAGGAGGAAGUUUGCAAGAUGAUUCAAGAAUGCUUAGAUUUGGGCAAGAAAUAUGUUUACAAGGAAAAUGUCCUUCCAUGGAAGGCUGAGCCUGUCGAAACUAACUCUGAUCCAUUUCACUUUGAACCAGUUGAAGCAACAGCAGUAAGUUUGUUACUUGUCCAUUGUUGA